GGUCGCAGUGGUGUAUGUCGCGUAAGGUUAAAGCGUCUUAAGCGCCGCAUUUGUUUAUUAUUUCCGUAGUUGUUGAGUGCCGCAGUUUCGGUAAAAGUAUUUCUCGUUUGAAUUUUGUUUUAAAACUCGCACUUCGCGAUUCGAUAUCGAUAUUAAUUAAAAUGUUGCGCGCAACCACUUUGCUACUUGUUGUUUCCCUCAACGCGGGGUUAUCCCAUGGAAUGAAAUGCUCAUUCGGGAACCAGAACUUCUUGGAAAAAAUGAUAGAUUCGUGCCCCGGACUCUUGGACUCGAGCGAUAAAUCUUACUGUUGUUUAGACGUUGAGAAUAGCAGGACCUAUUGUUGCGACGCUGCGGAAUUUGUUGUUAAGUCAUCAUGGGUCGCUGUCACGGUGAUUGUCGUUGUUGUAAUGAUGUUCACACUGGUAGUAUGUUGCAUAGCGUGUUGUCGCCGCCAUCGCAGACGCCAUCAAGGAACGAUUUACGGGCACGUAGAAGUACCUAGUGUCGUACAAGUAAUUCAAUCACCCGCGAAUAUUCUACACCCGGGUCAGCACAAUUUGAAUCCUACGAAUCCAACAGGAAUGUUGGGACCACUGCCACACUCGAGCGAGGUUUAUGCAAAACAAGCACCGUAUAAUCCAAACUAUGUUUAAUCACGUUGACGGUAACAUUAAACUACGGCAUUGUUAAGAAAGUUCCAUUGUGAUUGUAUUUUUCCUCGAACGGUGUCUGCCAUUUGAUUUUUUCAUUUGCGAGAUCGCCCGUUGCGAACAAAAACGUCUUCCGUUAGAACGAAGUAAAACCGCGAUAGACUCGCGCAUGCGUAUUUAACACUAGAUUGCCCAAGGAAGUAAUUUUGACUGCUCUUUAA